AUUUUCUAUCGUGUAGAAAGAAUAGUGUCAGCUCUAUAAUAUACUGUAUUUCUAUCUGCAACGUGAUGUGUGCUACACACAGUAAGGCCAAGUACUGUCACACAAUCAUCCACGAGGGGGCAGCAUUAUCUUAUUUUAAAGCAGAUGUUCAUCAUAGUAGAUUCUUCAGCGUUUGAGGUGUCUAACCGAUUUAAGUAUUUUCACAUCACUAGUGUAGUUUUCUAAAUUGUCAGGGAUACUACCACUGUUUCUACAGUAUUUCAAUAAUACCACAUUUCUUAUUCGGCGGAGAAAAUGUCGAGGCAGCAGGAACAACGAGAUUUGAUGACCUAAUUGAACGUGUUACUUCCCCUGAAGCUGUUCAAGUGUUCAACAUUUGCUCCUGCAGGUUGGACAAAGCUCCAUCUUCCCAGAUUCAGACAGCUGUCAUAAGCUCACGUUAGAGGCCUUUAAAUUCAAGGAUUCCACCGCUGAAGAUGUCAAAUGUGCCAACCUGGUUAUCAGCCAUGCUGGUAGUUGUCCGGAGACCCUUGGUGCAGGCAAGCCACUGUUAGUGGUGUUCAAUGACAAACCUAUGGACAUUCACCAGCUAGAGCUGGCCAAACAGCUACACCAAGACUCACACCUACCUACUGUACUUCACUGCCAGGUCAGUGUAAAUCCUCAUGUACAACUUAAUCAUGAGGACUCACACUUUGUCAAUCUAACAUAUUGUACAUUUCUGCUAAUGAAGUCCCAGAGUUGUCAAACUGAUUGAAAUUCAUUGGGUCAACUUAUAAAUCUAAUUUUGUCUCAAAUUUCACAGCAAUCUCACUGAGACCUUGAGGACGAUGGACCUUUCGGUUCUCUCACCCUUCUUACCUAGACAACCAAAUAAUUUUGCCAAUUUCCUGGACAAGGCCCUUGGUGUUCAAUGAUUCCAGCGCAGGGAAAUAUCUGAGGUCGACUCUGUGUUCUUUUAUGGUCUCUGGAGAUGUUUGCACUCUGAAACUCUCCUCGUCUUUGAGAUGAACUGGCGGUGGGGUUGGACAGAGGGAAGCCUGGGCCCCAUGUGCCCGGCUUCUAGGUUCUCCUAUCAGCAUGCAGAGCAAACGCCAGAAUGUGACAUCAGCCUGUGCAAGACUUUAAUAUUAAGAGUCUGUUGAAAGGUCUGGCCAUGUUCUAUUUCAUCUAGUUGAAGACAGGCUGAUUAGGCAUUAGAUGCUGACUUUUUAAUGGUGGAUGGGGUAUGUUUCCAACUUGAAAUGAUAGGAAAGACUCACGGAUGUAGAUACAGUAUAUUGUAACUCUCAUCUCUAUGAUUUGUUAUGAACAGAACAACUUAAAAAAUAUGUAUAAUUUGAUGUGCUGUUUGGUGUGCUGUUCAUAUUUGGUGUUGUCUCGAUUAUACUGUUGUUGUUGUCUGAAGUGUAAUUAAGCUUCUCCUUCACUCCUCAUGACACUGGUCAUCACACUGUAAUAAGGCUGGCAUAGACAGCAGUGGGGUUGCACUCUGACGUGAAAACAAACACCACAUCCUGUUCAGAUGGAGAUGAACACAGAUGGAGAAAGCAGUCUCCAAAAUCAUAGGAUCAAAGUUGUGAAGCCAACAAGAGAAGAGAGCACUCCUGUGAAAUCACAAUUCCUAUUAUGACUUCAUAACCAUGUAUCCAAUGAUUCCAAUCCAUGGAAUGUUUCUCAAAAAGCUUUCGUGACUUUAGGCUUCUCAUUAUCGCAAGGGACUCCGGUUCCUCAGCUUCCUGAGUGAUGUUCAUCUGUAUUAAACAUGGAGGUAAGGCCAAAGUCAUAAAAUGCAUUCCGCUAGUGACACAUUUGAUGUUUGCAGUGUUAGAAACUGUAUUUCACACAAUUUCUUUAUUCUCAUCCUAUCUCCUCGCAGACAAUGAGCAGUUUCUGGCCAACACCAACUGCCCCGUGGUUCUCCUGCUGCAGUACAUAAGAGCUAAGAUGGGCCUGCCGGAGACAGAGCUGGUGGAUCUGUGUGAUGACCGUGGGGCUCUGAAGCUUCUCUUUCUGUCCCAGCAGCCUCAGGAGUGUGCCAGCCGACUACUUCCUCCCCGCUGCUCCCUCACAUUCUGCAUUGUUAAUCGAAACCCAAAGGAUGGAGCCUAUAUUUCCAUCACCCCCUUAGUGGCCAACCCAGACCCUGCACUUCUGGAGACCCUGCAGACUCAGACUGACAGCCUGGAGAGGGCUCGUCUCAGACAGCUCCGCUCUCAGGAGGACCGCAGAGCCACGGAGGCGCCCUCUCAGACCCAACCCACACAAACCGCUAAGGGCCGGGGCCGUACAGUACAUAUGGACACCCCUGAUGAUGAACCCUCCAAUCGCCGGACUGGAGGCAGGAGGAGCAGGAACUGAAAGAACCUAUUAAUUUUACAAUAAUUGAUGUGCAUAUAAAUGUUGAAAUGUAAUAAAGUGAACAUUGAGUCUAUCUAAGUCUACGCCAGCCAAUGGCCAUUAGUGUUGAAUAAUACGGUUGAUCAAAAUAGAAAUAUGACUAUAGAUCUAAAUAGAAAUCUGUUAUACAAUUGUUACGCUCCCAUGUCUAAUACGCUUUAUGUUCUGAAAGGAAGAGAGUUUUAACAUAGUCCCUUGAAGUUAAGCAAUAGAUGAUGUCACCUUCUGCUUCUGUGAUUGGUGGGUAUGAAUACCUGUUCCUUACCAAGCUUUACCAGUUGGGAAAAUUGGAUGGAAAUGACUGAAUUGGGAUGAAUAUAUUUAGAAAGGGUGUGAAAUCGUGACUGAAGCUCUGACAUCAGUGUUCAUUUUAUGUUAUGUCUUUUAAUCUUGCUUUGCUCAACAGGUGUUGAGGUGUUGUUGCAAUAAUUAUGUGUCUUGCAAUAUGUUCAACAUGCACAAUUUACUUUUGAAUGCUUUAUCAGAAUUUAAUUUAUCUUGAAAUUAAUUUCCCUUGACCAGUGAGUGAUCUUAAAUUAGGGGUGGUAUGUUGGGACUAUCUGCCUGAGGGACUGAAUGAGGGGUGUGACAGUGUGCCAUUCUCUUUUCUGAAGGUUUAUUUAGCCACCUCUGGUGGGUGGCCUGUCACUUUGAAACAGGAAGUUAUGGGUUAAAUGCCAGCCGGAGGUUCCUCCCAGUGUUUGUGUGUACCAUUUUCUAAAUUAUGUACAGGCUUGGGUCAGAUGGUUUUAAUAACAGAUAACUUCCCUUCUUAGAAUCACUGGAUUAUUUUCUUAAUGUAUGUCUGUGGAAGUCCUAAUAACGUUUGAGGAACAAAGGCCUUCGGGAUUUUGUGAUGAAGUUCCAUUUGAAGUUUAGUUUUCAUUUCAUUCAACUGGAUUUUACCCAAACUGAAACAAGUACUGUACUUGUUUAGUCCUUUCCAAAGUGAUUACCUCAAGAAAAGGAAGAAGGAGACAUGUUAUAAGUAUUUGAAAUGGGCCACUGUGUCAGGCCAUACAGCUGUGUCUUGCAGAUGGCCUAACCACUUGCUAAAUACUGUGAAGAAAUAGGGAAGUUAGAGAAACAACUGAGCUGUUCUUGUAAAAGGUUACAUUGAGAAUCUAGACAUCAUUUAGAAAGUGGAAUGCAACAUAAAAAAAUACAUUUUCCAUGCCAUUAUCUGAUUCGGGAAUGCUUGCUGUGUGAUUCUUCUCUUUGAUUGAGAAUUGAUUUACCCAAUCUCUAGAGCAUCUACACUGUAUAUAAAAGACCGAGCAGUAUACACUGAGUGUAAAAAAAACAACAUUGGUAACACCUUCCUAAUAUUGAGCUCCCCCUUUUGCCCUCAGAACAGCCUCAAUUCAUCGCGGCAUAGACUCCUCAAGAUGUUGAAAGUGUUCCUCAGGGAUGGUGGCCCAUGUUGACUCAAAUGCUUCCCACAGUUAUGUCAAGUUGGCUGGAUGUCCUUUCGGUGGUGGACCAUUCUUGAUACACACUGGAACUGUUGACUGUGAAAAACCCAGCCUUUUUGCAGUUCUUGACACACUCAAACCGGUGCGCCUGGCACCUACUACCAUACCCCAUUCAAAGGCACUAUAUAUUUUGUCUUGCCCAUUCACCAUCUGAAUGGCACACAUACACAAUCCAUAUCUCAAGGCUUAAACAUCCUUAUUUAACCUGUCUCCUCCCCUUCAUCUACACAGAUUUGAAGUGGAUUUAAUAAGUGACAUCAAUAAGGGAUCAUAGCUUUCACGUGGAUACACCUGGUCCGUCUGUCAUGGAAGAGCAGGUGUUCUUAAUGUUUUGUACACUCAGUGUAUAUGCUAUUUCACUUUUUUUCCAGCAAAUAUCCAUUCAAUAUUUCCAUUAGCCUACUUUCUUGCUAUAGUAAAUCAGAACAUUGUGUAUGAAAUCAUGAUUUUGCAUGCCAUGUAAUAGUUACAUCCCUUAAUGAAUUUAGGAGAUGAGAUAAUGGGGUUAUUAACAAUUCCAAUAAGUUUUAUAAGUCUUUGCCCUUUGCUGUAAAACAGCUUGAUCAGGUUCCUAUCAGAUUCAUUGAGACCACAUGACAGCUUUAUGCAGCCCUUUCACAUCACAAGAAUUUCAUAUUUAGACUUGACCAAUCAUGGAAUGUUCUAACAUUUAAAAAAAAAAAUGGAAUUGCUCCUCCAGUUCAAUUGUAGAAAGGUUACACUUUAUUCUGAUUAUUUAGAUUAGAGUUAUCUGGUUCAGACUGGUCUUGCAUGUCUGCCAAAAUGGCUAUCACAUGAUGUUUUUGUGGACAUAACUGUGUGUUAAUCUAAUAUGUAUUCAGGAGUUAGAUUCUAGCAGCUCAGCUUUUCUCCUCUCUAGUUUCUCCAACAAUUACAACUGUUAUAUCUAGCACAUUCAAAGGAUAUUCAAACUUUUAAAAGUAAAGUCAUAUAAAAUAUGUCAUGGUAUUUACAUGUGCGAGGUAAAAGUAAAGUCAUACGAAAUUUGUAAUGGUAUUUACAUGUGCGAGGUGAAAUAAAUAUUUCAGGCUGGUGCAAUUUCAGUAACCAGCAGACCAUAGCUCUAAGGAGUGUGCUGACAAGGCUGACUUGUCAUUGCUCUGAGCUUGUUUUGUGUGCCUGGAUGUGUUUUUACCAGCUGUAGAAUGAGAAUGCUUGUACACCAGUACCCUCUCCCAGUGGAACUGGGGCCACAAUGACUGUAAGCUGUCAUCAUUAAUGGGGGUGAAUAUUGGGUACUAUCUCCCUUGCCAUUCACUGGCAGUUGAUUGACUCCCUGAACAGAUGACUCAGUCCAUGGCAAUAACUCCUGAUAUUAUAUAAGGCCCAAGAUCUUAAUCAAAUCCUUGUUCUAGAAAAACAGGUGGACGCUGAUGAUAUUGAUAUCGGUUCCCUUAUGGGAGAAUUAAUAUAGGCCUUAAUGUAACAGCUAAUGAACAAAUUACAGUUAAACAGAGGUCCAGUGAAAUGGGGUAGCCUCAUCCUUCCAGAACAUAAACCAAACAAAGGGCUAACUACAAUUUCUAAUGACUGUUGCAGUGACAUACCUGGAAAAUAUUCAGACCUUGGAUGUUCCCUUGGAAGUAAACGGUUGCCUUUCACACUCACACUCCCUGUAGGUCUCUCACCUCACCUCUCUACCUCAGCCUUGUUGCUUAUGACGUAUUUCUCCUGAGGGAGGCCAAGAGUGUGAGAAGCUACUUUUGGCAAUAAAACAAACCACAUAUAAAAUAUUUAGAUGGAAUUACAUUUACCUAAAUCAGAGUUUAUUUAUUUUAUGCACAGGAUACAGCAGGUGUAAAAGGUACAAUAAAAUGCUACAAUGACAUACUUGCACGCUCCUUUCAACAUUGCAGUAACAAAAAACAAAAACUCAAUUGUAGUCUUUUUUGUGUCUCAAAGGCCCACCUUUUUCUUUAAGACUGUGGAAAUCUAAUAGGAAGAGUAUUUGAUCAACAGCAAAUGUUACAGAAGGUAGUGCAUUAGGAGGGCAUGUGUAUGUCUCUGACAAAUGGAUGUCUUUUGGGAACGAAAACAUUGUACAUUUUAGCAGGACAUGAUUGAAUGAUGGCCAGAUUACUGUUUUAGGACAAAAACACUAUUCAUUCAAGACCUGUGUGUGGACUGAGUUAGUCCAAGCAGAAAGCAACAAGGGAUCAGAAGGUCAAUAAAAUAAUAAUUAAAUCAGAA